GUGAAUUUACUUCACUCUGGUUAAGACUACGAGUUGGCCGGGGCUUUCUUUACUUGAAGUAGAGUGGAGAUUGUACGUUUAACUCCAAGUCUCUUCAGAUAGUAAAAAGUUGUUUAUAAUUUAUUGUUUUGUUUUGGUUUAAGUGAUAUUUAAUGUAUUGAUUUUUGCAUCGAACUGUUUUGCUUAAAUCUUAUCACGUUGUGUUGGAAUUGAAAAAAGACAUUGACAAAAGCCACUCCAAGGACGGAUGGAUUAACGCUUAUUAUUAUUUUUGGGACAUAAUUCAUUGGGGAUAUUUGAAGACAUCGAAAGAAGUCGACCAUGGGGCGGUUGCCAAGAGGCGUGGUUUGGACCCUGCUGUUGUCCAUUCUGAUUGGCCAGUCAGUUGCUCAGGGAGACUUCGGACCACCAGAUUCAUAUGAUCUUGAUUUAGGGUCAACACCAGCAGACAUAGUCUUCGUAGUGGACACAUCCGGGUUCUCUAACAGUACGGAAUCCCUUAAUCAAGAAGUAGCGGUCAAAGGUUUCCUCACUGGCUUUCUUGAGAACGCUGACAUCAAUUCCGGUAACGUUAAGGUAGCCAUGGUCACAUAUAGCACUCAUCCUAAGGUUAUAUUUGAUCUCAACAAGUACUCCACAAAGACUGACAUGGAAGAUGCAGUGUUUCUUGCUGACUUUGAGGAAGAAGAGCCAAGAGAGAGAAAUCUCGCGGAUGCCCUCAGUCUUGUUCGUACAAAGAUUCUCGUCCGUGAUCGCCGAGAUGCUCCGAAUUUUGUGUUACUUUUAAUGUCCGGUAAAUCCGAUAGAAACAGUGUUCGGACACUCCAGGAAGCUGAUGGCUUGAAGUUUGCGAGGGCUAACAUAUUUGGAAUUGGUAUCAGCUUGGACGAUGAUGAUGCAGAAGAAAUGUUUGAAGUAUCUAGCAAACCAACGAUGGAAAAUACAUUCCUGAUCUCAUCUGUAUAUGAGCUAGAAAUGCUGAGAGAAUUAGUUUUCAUGCAGAUUUUCGCAAGAGCGGAACAGGCAUUUAAAGCACCAGCUGCAGGCAGCGAAACCUUAGACUUGGCGUUCCUCCUUCAUUACUCGAACUCUGUCUCCCGGGAGGACUUUCAGCGCAUCUUGGACUUCAUGAAAAAUAUCCUUCAAUACUCCGACAUUGAUGACGAUAAACUCAGAGUUGGAGCGGUUGUCUUCAGAAAACGAGGUAUACCAUUGUUUGACUUCAACAACUAUUACUCACAAGAGGAGGUGUUUGGUGGCAUAGACCAAAUUAACUAUAACUACAGAUCCAAAACAUCAAGUAUUGCUUCAGGAUUUGACACGGUUAGAACCAGCCUGUUUACAAGAACUGGAGGCGAGCGAGAACCGGCGCCAAAUUUGGUCAUACUCAUCACCGAUUCAAAUGCCGACACUGAUGUUGAUCAAACUAUUACUGCAGUCGAACGGAUGAAAGCUGACGGUGCAGCAGUGUAUGUAGUCGGCAUUAAUGUCACAUACCCCGAGGAGUUACUGAGCAUCGCCUCCAACCCUAGCUACAACGUUUUGGUCAAGGACGCGUCGGAGCUGGAAGGACACGAUGAGCAAUUCCAUAAUGACUUUGUUGCUCUUAGAGCCAAGGGAUUUCCUGUUGUCAUACCAGCUUUGGAGUCGUCAACAUCGGGAACAUUUGCAGACACAACUCCGGUUUCUACCCAAAAUAGCGAUGAGGCGGAGAUUGUAUUUCUGGUUCAUGCAUCCAAAAAGACUACAACAAAAGACUUUAAAAACAAUCUUAUACAAUAUAUAAUAGGCAUUAUUCAAAGAGCAGACACAACAAAAAACAAAUUUGGGGUAGUGAUGUAUGGCGACUCCCCGGAGGUUGUUCUUAAAUUGACAUCCUUUCCUAAAGCAAAACUUGUAAAGAAGGCUUUGAAAAAGAUUAAACCAAACAAGCGAAGCAAAAGAGCGGAUCUUUUGAAGGCGCUAUCCUUCGUUCGCGAGCAAGUGUUUAAUGGUGACGAUCCGAAUUUACCAAAUGGAAUAGUUCUCAUAAGAGACCAGAAAUCUAAACGAGUUGAUGACAAUCAUUUAGGAACGGAGCUCAGCUUGCUUGAAGCCAGUGGAACAAAUUUAUUCCAAAUAGGAAUUGGUCAGCAAGUCGAAAAUGAUAAGGAAUCGGAAUUGGUUACCAACACCUUUGGAGAUGACUCUGUUACAAACGUUGGAAGCUACGGAGAGCUCUCCAACUCGCCUGAAGUUGUAAAAUUGCUGAGCAGAAAAAUAAGAUCCUUCCAUCAGGAGGAAAUUGAUCUAAUAAUUGCCGUCCAUACGCAACAUAACACAGCUCUGAAAAAUGUGAAGAAACACAUUCAAGUUCUUCUUAAGGAUAUUUUGUCAGCUGUCGAUAUCAAUUCCGGAGCUGUACAAGUUUCAAUUGUAACAUUCGGAGCAAAAACUAAAGUUCACUUUCCUUUAAAUGCAUUUAACAAGGACAAGAAACUUAUGAAAGCUUUUAAGAAAAUUAAACGAAAGGAAUACCGUUCGAAAGGCUCUGACUUGAUGACAUUAUUGACCACACUCGAGUCUGACGUGUUAACACCACACUCCGGGGAUAGGCAAGGUGUAGAAAACCUAAUACUUGUAAUAACAGAUAGUGCGUCAAGUUCAGAUCUCAACAUGCUUAAACAGAAGGCAGAAGAGAUGAAAAAAGGUAACACAAUCUUCGCAAUAGGCGUCGAUAGUGCGAAUGAAGAUGAACUCAAAGCAUUAGCAAGCAGUCCAGAGAAUGAAUUCUUUUAUAAUGGAAAGAAAUAUGACGAUCUUACGAAAUCUCCCGAACUACGAGAACAGAUGAUACGGAAUGUUAAAAUAUUUGAAAGCCUAACAGUUCCUGCAACUACGAAACCUAAAAAAACAACGCCAAAACCUAAAGUAACGAAGGCAGACACAACAACAACUACUCCCUCUUUUACAACGACCACGCGAUCAAUCGAAAUUGAAACCACAAGGAUGACAACAAGACAACGCCUGUUUACAACAACGACAACACCUGUUGGUCCUUCAAGAUUCUACGUUCCACUAUCAGUAAGUGAAGUAGCUGAUAUUGUGCUUCUUGUUCAUCUAUCUCCAAGAAUCACGGAAAUGGAGUUUAUAACAGUCCAGGAAUUUCUUAAAAGCUUAGUGUCCAGAGCUGAUAUUGCAAAUGGGAAAGCGCAGAUUGGCCUUGUCUUCUACGGUGCGGAUCCGGAAAUCAUAUUCCAUAUUAACCAAUACAAUGACAUAGCGCUUAUGCAGAAAUCUAUUGACGGGAUGCGCGCCGACCUUAGAAGCUACACGUCUGAUGCCUCGACAGCUAUUGCCUCUGCAAAACAAAUGCUGAGCCCGUAUUUCAAUCGACGAGAUGACGUACCGGCGGCCAUGAUCUUCAUAGCGGAUGAUCCUGCUAAUACCAAUUUUGAUGUGAUGAGAGAUGAAAGAGAUCGAGCAAUAGAAGAUGAAAUACGAAUUCUAACAGUAGGAAUUGGUGUGUCGGACAAGUCUAAACUAGAAUCACUGGCAUCAGAUCCUGACUUUAUAAUGAAUUAUGACAAUGUAUGGAUGUUAAACGACGCUGAAAACGACCUUACAGAAAAGAUCUUUGCAUUUCAAAACGACGGCGUCACUGAAGAUAAAUUAUUUGAAGAAACUACAUUAGCAGCUAAAACCACUACUCCAGCUGAUACGACAGUGUCUGAAGGAAUUAUAACCAAAUCAGACGGCAUCGUACUCGAGCUGCCUUCUAGUCUAGUUGAUCCCAACAAGUGUUCAUUGGGCAACUCUGAUCUUGUGAUCAUCCUCGACGCAUCGACCAGUGUUACACAACAGAAUUACGACAAGAUGUUGCAGUUUACAAAAGACUUGCUUCAAAAUGCUGACAUCGACUCGGGGGCUGUACGGGUUGGAAUCCUAAUCUAUAGUACAGAGGUUCAAGUCAUCUUUAAUCUCAACGAGUACUCAAGAAAGGCUGACGUAUUCGCCGCGAUAGACAAGAUCCCGUAUAUCUAUGGCAGUACAAACACCGCCGACGCCCUUCAGACAAUGCACGCACAAAUGUUUACGCCUAGAAAUGGCGAUAGACCCAACGUUCCUAAUACUGGAAUUAUCAUUACCGAUGGCGUAUCUAAUAUAAACUCACGGAGAACCAUAUCAGAAGCUGAUGAUGCUCGGACUGCAGGCAUUCAUGUUUAUGCGAUUGGUAUUGGCUUGACGGAUACAAGGGAGCUGGAUGGAAUAGCUAACACUCCAAAGACCGAGAACAGUUUUAACGUGCAGACCUUUGAUGAGCUUGUCGGACUCGACAGGAAAAUAUUCAGCGCCCUGUGUCCAGAGAAAGCCGUUACUGUACCCGUAACUACACCCAAACCUAAAUCAUCAUGCGGUCUUUCAAGUGUCGACGUAGUCAUCAUAAUUGAUGCCUCCACGAGUGUAACGGAACCAAACUUCAAAUUAAUGCUUGAGUUCUGCAAAGAUAUUGUCAAAGGCGCCGAUAUCGAUUCUGGAAGUGUUCGUGUCGGUGUACUCAUAUACAGUACUGAAGUUGAGAUCCAAUUCCAUCUCAACCGAUACUCCACUAACGCUCAAGUGAUAGAUGCGAUCGAUAAAAUUCCAUACAUAUAUGGAAGCACUAACACAGCAGAUGCUUUGUUGACGAUGCACCAAACAAUGUUUACACCAGCGAAUGGUGACCGACAAGGUGUUGAAAACGUCGCGAUAGUUCUUACUGACGGUGUGUCGAAUAUCAACUCGAGAAGAACAAUUAAAGAGGCGGUUACUGCAAGGUCAAAAGAUAUAGAAGUCUACGUGAUCGGUAUUUCCCUGACGGACACUCGUGAAGUCGAAGGUAUGGCGUCCGAACCCAAGGACAAAUAUCUGUACAACGUCCGGAGGUUCGAAGAACUACAGGGUCUUGAGGAGGACAUAUUCGGUGCUGGAGAGGGUGGCGAUUGUGCAACGCCUGCACCAGCAACGCCUGCACCAGCAACCCUAGCCCCAAAAACAGAGUGCGGUCUCUCCAAGGUGGACGCGGUGAUCAUUCUCGAUGCCUCAACUAGUGUAACGGAACCGAAUUUCAAAAAGAUGCUGAGUUUCUGCAAGGAAAUUGUGGACAAAGCGGCCAUCGACAGUGGUAGCGUCAGAAUCGGAGUAUUAAUCUACAGCACAGAAGUGGAAAUAGAAUUCCACCUCAAUAAAUACACAAACACUGCAGAUAUUAAAGCUGCGAUCGACAGAAUCCCGUACAUAUAUGGAAGCACCAACUCGGCUGACGCCCUCAAAACAAUGCAUGAGGUUAUGUUUACUGCAAGAAACGGCGAUAGACCCGAUGUAGACAACAUCGCAUUUAUGAUCACUGACGGUAUUUCCAACAUCAAUGGUAGGAGGACAAUUCCAGAAGCUGAAAACGCACAGGGGAAAGACAUUCGCGUUUAUGCGAUUGGUAUCGGUCUUACCGAUACAAGGGAGUUGGAAGGCAUGGCGUCUGAGCCCAAAAGUGAAAACAUGUUCAAUGUUAGAGAAUUUGAUGAACUGACCGGACUCAUCGAUACUAUCUUUGGUGGAGCGGAAGAGUGUGCCCUCAGUGAGCCACCAGUUGCGAACGCCGGUCCUGAUGUUACACGGCGAUAUCCAUCUGGAACGAUAACACUGGACGGUCGCCGUUCAUCCGAUGACAACGGGAUCGUGACAUACACGUGGUCUCAGGGUGGCCGGGACUUGUUUACUGGCGCAACGUUCGAUCUGUAUGACCUUCGUGAAGGAGAGUAUGAAUACAAUCUUACAGUUGUCGACGAAGAUGGGCAGAGUGAUAGCGAUACAGUCCGAGUUAUCAUCGAAGCCGAAGAUUUCCCGCCAAAUGCAAAUGCCGGUGAUGACGUCACUAUUCAACUUCCCGUCAAUUCCGUACGACUGGACGGGCGAUAUUCCUCAGAUGAUGUUGCCGUUGUUCAGUAUAUGUGGAAACUAACCAAUGGACAACCUGGUGUGUCCUUUGAGGGUGAUGACUCUGCUACACCGAUGGUAGACAAUCUUGAAGAAGGCGAAUAUACGUUCACCCUCACCGUUGCUGAUGCUCUUGGACAAACAGAUGACGACACCGUCAAUGUUUACGUCAAAGCCCAAGAUUUCCCGCCAAAAGCAAAUGCCGGUGAUGACGUCACUAUUCAACUUCCGGUCGAUUCCGUUCUAUUGGACGGCCGCAAAUCCUCAGAUGAUAUUGCCAUUGUUCAGUAUAUGUGGAAACUGACAAAUGGUCAACCAGGCGUGUCUUUAGAGGGGGAUGAAUCCGCAAGACUUAUGGUAGAAGAUCUUGAAGAAGGCGAAUAUACGUUCACCCUCACCGUUACUGAUGCUCUUGGACAAACAGAUGACGACACUGUCAAUGUUUACGUAAAAGCCCAAGAUUUCCCGCCGAAGGCAAAUGCCGGUGAUGACGUCACCAUUCAGCUUCCGGUCGAUUCUGUUCUACUAGACGGGCGACAGUCCUCGGACGAUAUUGCCGUUGUAAAGUAUAGCUGGAAAUUGACCACUGGUCCACAAAGUGUUUCUUUAGAGGGUCAAGAUUCACCAAGGUUAAUGGUAGAAGGUCUUGAAGAGGGGGAAUAUGCCUUCACCCUGACCGUUUCUGAUGUGCUUGGACAAACAGAUGAUGACACCGUCAAUGUUUACGUCAAAGCUUUGGAUGCACCUCCUCGCGCCGAUGCUGGUGAAGAUAAAACUGUAAAGCUACCAAUAGAUUCCAUUUUAUUAGACGGAUCAAAAUCGUCUGACGAUAGGAGGAUAGUAAAGUAUGUUUGGAACAUACUGUCAUCGAGUAGCGAUGACCUGUUCUUGACUGGUGUAAAUUCGCCUCGUUUGUUAGUAGAGAAUUUGGCAGAAGGAAAGCAUGUCUUUGAAUUGUCGGUUUAUGACGCAUUGGGCCAGGAGGAUAUCGAUACUACUACUGUUUAUGUAACAGGUCAGGAUUUCCCACCGCGGGCUGACGCCGGCGAAGAUAUCACGAUUAAGUUCCCCAAGGACAAUGUUGAGCUGGAUGGAACAAGGUCAUCCGAUGAUAUUAAAGUUGUGAGAUACUCAUGGGCUCUGAGUGGUGGAGAACCGGGAAAUGUUCGAUUGGGGGACGUUGAUGCGUCGACUUUGAGAGCGGAAUUUGCUCAGCCCGGAUCAUAUACCUUUAACCUUACGGUUUACGAUGGUGCAGGCCAGAUGGAUCAAGACAGCGUCAAUGUUGUUGUUGAAGAGGCCGAUAUACCACCUGUGGCUAAUGCCGGGAAUGACGUCACGAUUCAGUUGCCCUUAGAUUACGUCACUCUUGAUGGAACACAAUCAUCAGAUGAUGGCAAAAUUGUAUCAUAUAAUUGGGUUUUAACCGAUGGUGCCUCAUCAGAUGUAGAUAUCAUUGGGAAUGGUACUCCAAUCCCAGCCAUUACUAAUUUAAAACAAGGGAACUAUACCUUUAGCCUCGAGGUGACAGAUGACGUCGGGCUGAAGGAUAAAGACAGCGUCGAAAUUGUUGUCAAAGCACCAGAUAAUCCCCCAGUUGCUGACGCCGGAAGGGACGUCAGUAUUCAACUUCCGGUUGAUACUGUAACACUUGACGGUAGUAGAUCGUCUGAUGACAUCAGAAUUGUCCAGUAUUUAUGGACACUGGUAUCGGGUGCGCCUGGUGUUCAGACCACUGGUGAUACGUCGUCAAAACUGUUGGUGGAGGGUUUAGCAGAAGGGGAUUACACGUUUGCAUUGUCUGUCUUUGACGCUCUUGGACAGGCAGAUGAAGAUGAAGUCACAAUUUCUGUCCGAGCUGGCAACCAACCUCCAAAAGCAGACGCUGGUGAGGACGUUGAAAUCCAGUUGCCAGUCAAUGAAGUCACAUUAGAUGGAAGAAGAAGUACUGAUGACGUAAGAAUUGCAAGAUAUAGGUGGCGCAUUCGUGAAGGUGACGAAAACGCAGUAGUCAUGGAUGGAGACAGAAGUGCUGUUCUGCAACUUAGUAAUCUGACUGAGGGUACAUACGGAUUUAGCUUGACUGUGGCGGACAAUGAGGGUGAAAGAGAUACAGACUACGUUAAUGUUGUUGUUAAGCCAGAACCAACCCCGACAUGCGGGUUUGCCUCUACCGACCUUGUUUUUGUCGUUGAUGCGUCUACAAGUGUAACUGAAGCUAACUUCAAGAAACAACUUGCAUUUAUGAAAAACAUCGUCAACUACGCCGACAUCGACUCUGGAAGUGUACGCGUAGGAGCCUUAAUCUACAGCACAGAAGUUGAAGUACAGUUCUACCUUAACCAGUAUUCCACAAAGAACGACGUUAUUGCCGCUAUUGACAAAAUACCAUACAUUUACGGAUCUACAAACACUGCUGAUGGUUUACAAGUCAUGAGAGAUGAACUAUUUAGUUUCAGAAAUGGAGACCGUGACGACGCCCCGAACAUUGCGAUGGUAAUCACUGACGGUGUAUCAAACAUCAAUGGCCGAAGAACUAUUCCAGAAGCGAUAACCACUAGGGAUUUAGGAAUUAAGAUUUUCGCCGUCGGCAUCGGCCUUACCGACACAAGAGAACUCGAAGGAAUUGCCUCAAUCCCUUCGUCUGAUAAUGCAUUUGCCGUCAGUGACUUUGAUGAACUAGUUGGGCUUGAGCAGAAAAUAUUUACUUCCAUUUGUGACAAACCUUCAACUACACCACCGACGACUCCUACGACGACAACAACAACACAAGCCACCCCGACAACUACCUCUGGUUGUGGGCUUGCAAAAACCGACUUGGUAUUUAUUCUGGAUGCCAGUACCAGCGUAACGGAUGCAAACUUCCAAAAGAUGCGCGACUUCUUGAAAGAGUUUCUUUCCAAUGCCGACAUCGACUCUGGGUCUGUAAGGGUCGGCGUGAAUAUUUACAGUACCGACGUCCAAGUCGAGUUCCAUCUGAACAGGUACACCAAAGCAGCCGAUGUAAUGAGCGCCAUCGACAACAUUCCCUACAUUUACGGUUCCACCAACACCGCUGAUGCGCUACAAUCCAUGGCAAACGUGAUGUUCACACCACAAAAUGGCGACCGCCCAGACGCGCCAAACGUCUGCAUUCUGUUGACCGAUGGUGUUUCUAAUAUCAACAGUAGAAGAACUAUUCCUGAGGCGGAACGUGCAAGAGCGAAGAAUGUCCAUCUUUACGUAAUUGGAAUCGGCCUGACGGACACUAGAGAAGUGACUGCGAUCGCCACGCCUCCAGCAUCAAAGAAUCUGUUCAGCGUUAAUAGCUUUGACGAGUUGAAGGGCCUCCAUAAGACAAUCUUGAACACCGCUACAUGUAAAGACGAAAUAAGCGAACCACCGGUUGCCGACGCCGGAUCCGACAGGACCAUCCAACUUCCACUUAACUCCAUCACGCUUUCUGGAGACGGGAGCCGCGAUGAUGUCGGUAUUGUCAGGUACGAAUGGUCCCAGCUGUCAGGCCCGAGAGUAAAUGUCAGAGACACCAACGAUCCCAUGCUGUCCGUUGAUAGAUUGACGGAAGGAGUCUAUGAGUUUGAGCUGAACGUCACGGACGUGGAUGGACAAAGCGAUACUGACACUGUUGUAAUAACAGUACUGCCAGAACCGGAUCUUCCACCAAGGGCUGACGCAGGUCCUGACAAGCAAGUAAAACUUCCAAAUGAUCGGGUCACGCUUAGUGGACGGGGCAGCAGCGACGAUAAACGGAUUACUCGCUGGGUCUGGCGAUUGGUCAACGGUAAUGCACGGGGUGUAACAAUGAGUGGUCAAAAUACGGAUACUCUUGACCUGUCCCGCCUACAAGAGGGGACCUACACGUUUGGCCUGACUGUGUACGACGCCAAGGGACAAAUGGACGAAGACGAGGUUACCAUUACUGUAGCUGCGGCUCCCGAUGCACCACCGGUCGCUAACGCCGGUCAGGACUACACAAUCCAACUCCCAGACGACUCCGUGACGCUUGAUGGAUCACGAAGUUCUGACGAUGUUCGCGUAAUCACGUACAGGUGGAAAAUGACGCAGGGUUACCCGGGUAGCGUACGUAUGAGCGGAGAGAGAACACCGAGAUUGAACGUCAACGGACUGAGUGAGGGAGAAUAUGUUUUCACCUUAACUGUAACUGACGGAAAAGAACAACUUGACGAGGAUGAGGCACGAGUUAUUGUGAAGAAAGCCCCACGAGUUGAAGGUUAUGACGUCAUAUUUGUACUUGAUUCGUCGGUAACCCCAGAGCACUUUCGCUGGAUGAACAAUUAUGCACGUGCAGUUGUCAGAGAGAUGAGCAUUGACGAUGGCGAAUUUAGAGUCGGCUACCUGAUCUACAGUAAUUCGGCCUACAGACAGUUUGAUCUUCAAGAUUACGGCACAAGGUCUGAUGUUCUUAGUGCUAUCGACAAGGUUGGCUACCGCCCGGGAACAAAGAACACCGCUGCGGCCUUGAAAUACGCCCGCAAGCAGAUGUUUACCCCUUCAAAAGGUGACAGGGAAUACGCCAAGAAUUACCUCAUUCUGCUGACAGGAGAUAACCCGAGUGAUGAUCCGUUUGGGGCCGCUACUGAGGCUUGUCAGCUCCAGGCUGAAGGAGUGGGCAUGUUUGGUGUUGGUUUUGGGGACUUUAGCAAUCGUGACGAGUUGACCGCGUAUUCCUCUGUGCCUAAUGAUGAAUACCAGAGUGUUAUGCGGCAGGAAAGUGAUCAAAGCGAGGCGCCGGGACUCAUGCUGUACAACCUUAAAAAUAGAACUCCGCGCCCCUCUGCGUGCCCGGUCGUAGUAACUACACCAUACAAUGGCGAUUGCUUUGCGUCAGGGGACAUCGUCUUUAUUCUUGAUUCUAGUGGAUCAGUCGGUCAGGACAACUUCUACAGAGUGUUGAACUUCACAUACAGUACUAUCGACGGCCUUGACAUUGACAGCGGUCACUUCCGGGUCGGAGUCACAACUUUCAGUGACAGUUCCAGGCUAGAUUUUAACCUGAAUGACUUCAGUAAUAAGCAGGAUAUACAUGAUGCUUUGACUCAGGUACGAUACAUGUACGGAAACACCCACACUGCGCAUGCGCUGAGACGAGCUCGACUUGAGAUGUUCCAAUUGGCAGCGGGAGAUAGACCAGAUGUCCCUAACGUGAUUGUUAUAAUCACUGACGGCCAGUCCAACAUCAACCAUGAGAUGACAAUACCGGAAGCCAGGCACCUUAAGGCUGCUGGCGUGACGAUCAUUACCUUAGCGGUCGGGUUUACCUCCGAGACGAGUGAACUUGUCGGCCUGACAUCUCCACCAAUCAGCGAGAACCUCGUCUACACGGAGGAUUACGAGUCAUUGUCUAAAGUCAAGGACAAACUCAUUGAGCCUCUUUGCCACGAUAGCAACAUGUGCCGAAGCAGUCCCUGCCAAAAUGGCGGCGUUUGUAUGGACGGUAUCCGCAGCUACAUCUGUAUCUGUCCGGACGAUUUCUUCGGAGACACCUGCAGUAAACAUUGCGGGGAACCAUCUGACGUUGUUAUCGUUCUGGAUUCGUCCAAUACUGUCGGGGAGUACAACUUCGGCCGUCUCAAGGAAUAUUCGGAGCACCUUGUUCGUGAAAUGAAUAAAGAUUCUUGUGACGUCAACAUCGGGUUCAUGAAGUACAGCUCCAAUGCAAUGGUCCAAGUUCAUCUAGGAACGUAUGACGACACAGAAACGAACGUCCGGGCUGUUGAGCAGAUUUCCUACAGUAGGGGACGUGCGAACAUGGCGGCUGCGUUCAGAUCUCUGAGGACAGAGAUGUUCAAUGGUAGGGGUGGGGACAGACCCGGGGCAAGGAAUAUUGCUUACUUCCUGACGGACGGAACCAACGAUGCGGAGAGUGAGAUGGCGGAAUCUGAGGCAGAGCAAGCUAUCAGCUCCGGAAUCAGAAUUGUACCUAUCGGAAUUAACCUCCGAGAACGGUUCGAGCUGGACAACAUUGCAGAGAAACAGAAUCUAAACGUGAUUGAGAUUAACGACGAACCUGCCCUCAUCGAGAACACUGACGUCAUACUGCGACCGCUUUACGAAGGUUCUAACGACUAUUGCGCGGAGAACCCUUGCAGCAAUGGAGGGCAGUGUGUUAAUGAACCGUUCGGCUACAGCUGUGAAUGUGAUAUUGGAUACACCGGUGACACUUGCACUCAACGCUGCUCGGCCAAGGGUGAUGUCGUAUUCGCUGUGGACACAUCAAGAUACGUCACCAGGAAAGAGCUCAAGAGUAUUCGACGCUUCCUUCGCUCCGUCGUUAAGCGGUUGAAGUUCAACAAGAAUGAAUUUAGCGUGGGAAUGGUACAGUUCACCGACUGGGCACAGGUGUCACUGACACUGAGCCAGGGCAAAUCAAAGAAGGCAGUCAGGAAAAGUAUCGCUGGGUUGAGAGUACAUGGUGGAGAUCCACAACCUUCGAUUGCCCUCGCGAAAGCUAAAUAUAGAAUAUUCGACGCUUACGGUGAAGACAAAGACAGACCAAAUUACCUCAUUCUAAUUACGAAGAGCAUGCGAGGAGAAGAGGAUAUCCUGACUGAAGCGAACAAACUGAAACUUGAAGGAACUAGAAUACUCGGCGUUGGCCUAGGACUGACAGCAAAUGAGAGAGAGUACCUCGAGUCAAGCGUCUCAAUUCCCUUCAGAGAGACCGCAAUGUUUGCUGAUGACAGGAAGGAGAUGGACGAUCUUGCUGACAGGGUUGUUGAAUAUAUGUGUGACGAUGAGAACCUUUGUGCUGAGAACCCAUGCAGGAAUGGUGGAGUGUGCCAGCGGUUAGGUGGUGACUUCUAUUGUGACUGUGGUGUAGGAUAUGCCGGACGGUACUGUGAGAAUACGUGUAACGCGAGAGCCGAUAUUGUUUUCCUGUUGGAUUCGAGCGGUAGUAUCGGACACAAGGACUUCAGGCGAGUGAAAAAGUUUGUCCACAACAUGGUUAGCGAUCUGCAAAUUGGCAAAGAUGCAUCAAGGAUCGGUUUGGCGACAUACAGCUCCAAGAGCAGGCACGGAUUCUUCAUGAGCAAGUACGAUGACCUAUUCAAGCUGCAGAACGCAAUUGCCGGAAUCAGCUAUGAAUAUGGUAACUCGAACGCCGCUGAGGGCCUCAGGCUUGUUAGGGAACACUACUUCAAUGGACGCAACGGCGAUAGAUCUGACAUCCAGGACUUCCUUGUUGUUAUUACGGAUGGUGUCUCCAAUGUUCAACCUGACCAGACCCUUAUCGAGGCAAACCUCAUUAAGGAAAAAGGAGUGCAUGUGUACGCUGUCGGAAUCGGUGAAUUUGACCCGGCAGAGCUAAAUGAAAUAGCCAGUAAACCUGCUUCAGAGAACGCCUACAUCCUCAGCGACUACUCCGGCCUGGACAAUAUCUCAAAUAGCAUCAUCAAGCAGACAUGUAGAGAUCCUUCAGUAUGUGACGAGAAUCCGUGCAGAAAUGGUGGAGUUUGUGUACCAGGAAUUAACGGGCUCUUCUGCGAAUGCCGCAGGGGAUAUCGCGGGGUACACUGUGAGGAAUCGUGCGUUUCGGUGAAGGACAUCUUCUUCCUGCUUGACAGCUCAGACAGCGUUGGUACACAAAACUUCGAACAAGCCAAGAAGUUCAUUAACAAUAUCAUUGAAGAGUUCAGCAGCAAGGACAGCUUUAACCGUUUUUCCCUUCUUACAUACAGCGAUGAAGUCCAGAUUGUAUUCUCUCUGGGAAGGUACAAUAGCUUGAAUAUAAUCCAAAACGCAGUCAAGUACGCUCGCUACCGUCCAGGGAACACAAACACCGCUAGCGCACUGAGGGUCGUCGAUGAACUGUCCACUGAAGAUUUAGGGGACAGAUAUGAUGCCGAGAAUAUUGUAUUUGUUAUCACUGAUGGUACAGGCAAUGUCAACGAAGAUGACACUAUUGCUGCUGCUGAUAAUAUUAAGAAUAAGGGCGCAAGAGUAAUCACAGUCGGAAUCAAUAUGGACGAUCCUAGCGAAGUGGAAAGCAUGGCUUCAAGUAAACGGGAUUCGUUUAAGAUUAAUAAGUAUGACGAUCUAGAAGGUGUAUUGGAAGAAGUAGUUCAAAACACUUGUAAGAAUGGCAAUGUAAUAGAAAAGAAAUAGAUUGUGUUUGAAGUGUUUUAAAUAAAUGACCUAUUGAAAAUAGUUAAAAAGGUCGAAUAAGAUAGAUUUGCAGCCCCCGAUAAACGUUUUGAAGUCGUGUUUGACUAACGAUGUAUUUAUGCAAUCAAUACAGAGCCAAAGGAAUUCAUGACAUGAUCUGGGUAUUAACAAAAUACUCAUACUAAAUAAUGUGCCAUAUAAUAUGUCAUAUGUUUUUAUAUAUUGUUUACCGCUUUUUAUAUUGCUACGUUCCGGUUGCUUGUUCGCAUGUACAGUGUCAUUUUUGACAUUUUUUAUUGAAAAUAAUUGUCGUUUUUGUUUCCAAAAUCAAGUGUGCUUUAUUUUAAAGUCUUUACAUGGUUAAAGUGUGUAAACUUAUUUUUAGAAUGGAAUUGGUUAUGUGCACUAAUGUAUAUAUCGUAGUGUAAAACUGAGUCUAAUGUAAUGUAUUAAUUAUCGCAUAGCGCUGUUUAAUAUCCAUAAGUAAAUGUGGCAAAGUGCCAUUACCUAUUGCAGAGCGUUGUUACAUAAAUCGCAGUGUUUAUAGCAUAGGGCCAUUUGCAAUCACAAUCGCUGUUAAAUUACACACAGUUCAUGAUGCAUAAAGCCAUUAGCGAUUGCAGAGCGCUCUAAAAUGAAUCGCAGUUAAGGUUGCAUAGACCAAUUAACUAUUACAAAGCGCUGUUAUGUUAAUUGUGACAUACAGCCAUUAACUAUCGCAAAGCGCUGUUAAAUAAAUUGCAGUUUAUGUGGCAUAGAGCCAUUAACUAUCGCAAAGCGCUGUUAAAUAAAUCACAGUUUAUGUGGCAUAGAGCCAUUAACUAUCGCACAGCGCUGUUAAAUAAAUCGCAGUUUAUGUGGCAUUGAGCCAUUAACUCUUUUAAAUAAAUCGCAGUUUAUGAGGCAUUAAGCCAAUAACUAUCGCAAAGCGCUGUUAUCAAAUCGCAGUUCAUGUGGCACUGGGCCAUUAACUACCGCAGAGCGCUGUUCAAAUCGCUGUUCAUGAAUUAACCAUUGCAAAGUGCUAUUAAAUAAAUCGCAGUUUGAGUGGCAUUAAGCCAAUAACUAUCUCAAAGCGCUGUUAAAUACCUCGUUGUCGGUGUGGCAUAAAGCUUUAUUAACAUUUUAAAUGACCUUUUUCAUGCUUUUGAAACGAAACAAUAUCUCCAAUGGACAAACAUCAUUCUGCUAAUCAAAACUAUGCACUUCGCUUUAUUUAAUGUUCUUCGGUGGUUCAAUGAAAAAUAACAGUGGCUUCUAUCCUGAUAAACUCACCGAACAGCGAAUAUAUAUAUGACCUCACUGAUUGAUUGGUUUUAGUCCGUUUCAUUGAAGAAAACGCUAUGCUUGCAAGAAAAAAUCAGAAACCUCAUGUCCGGAAUUUUGCGCAAAUACCAAUGAAUUAUAACAUUGAUUAAUGUAAUGCAUGAGAUUAAAAAAAAUGUUUGUAUCAGUAUAAGAUUGCAAUAUAUUUCACCUGGUAAACACAAUAAGCAAAUGUUUCACACGUGGCAACGCGACUUGUGAAAAUAGCGAUUAGUGUUCAGUCUGUUAAAUAUAUUGCUAUCUUACAAUGGAACAAAUACUACAUGCGUUAAUAGCUUGCAGAAAGCUCAAUUAAACACCACUGUAUAUUAAUUUGAAAUCCAUUGUCUUUGAACUAAUCUUAAACUGUUUUAUCUUUCCCUGCAAUAGUUUUAGCCAUUAUAUAUGCUCAAAGGAACAAUAACGCUCGUCUUUUGAACUAUAAAUAUACUAAUUAGCUUUUAAUUUUGGACCAAAAAGGGAAUGUUAUAUUUCACGAGUAUCAUUAUGCCUUAUCACAAAAAACAUACAUGUAUAUGAUUUUAUGCGCAAACGUAUUAUCGAUUUUAUACAUUCAUUUCUUAGCAUAGAUAAUAAUUUUGCUUUCGCAAUAAAUUUUGAAAUUGAA